GGCCAUCCCACGGCCAUGGCCGCAUCUGGCCACGUGCCGACCAUCCCCGACCUCCCCAGCGGCCAUAAAGCGACCCUGCGGCCCUUCCCGAACCCUAUCCGCGUCGUUCCCCUUGCUUGCCCCCUUCCUGUCCAUUUUGCUCGUCCCCUUGCCGCCAUCGCCAUGCCUCCAGCACAGACGCGGCCACCGGGCUCCCCAAGCCCUGCGACCGCGUCUAGGAGGACCACUAUCGUCGGCUUCGUCCGUUCCGAGCACCAAAUCGAGAGUAGGCGACCCGUACGCUCGCCAUCACCGUCGUCUUCAUCGCUUACAACGCCGUCGACCGUCUUCGAUUCACAUCGUUCCGGUCCACCUCGAUCCUCCACGAGCACACCACCGGACUUGCGAUGAUGGAACCCAAGAGUGGAGUUUCCUGCCGACGUGUGCAAUCCUGAUGGUGACUUGUUCGUGGAGGCUGCUAAAGACCAGGAGUAGUUAGGAGGUUCCCAGGCAGAAGGCCUCACCUAGUUCGAUCGUUGUAUCUUUUGUGCUAGCC